AUGGUUCAGUUCUCCGAAGAGACCAAGGAACGCGUUUCCAAGGUCAUUGACAUCUCCCGCGUCGCCAUUCACUACGGCUACCUCCCUCUCAUUAUCUACCUUGGUACGGUCUACUAUCAAAAUUUUUAUGAAGACUACUUGCUGAUGGAAACAAAACAGGUUACUCUUAUAGCGAGCCCAAGCCUUCUCUCUUCAAGUACGUUUCGAACAAAAAAAAAACCCUUCGAUUACUCCCCCAUACCUUCCACGCGCGAAGUAUCAUCUAAUCCCGGAUUCAGGCUGUUCUCCCCCUUGGCUUAA